GUGCGGUGCCGCCCCUGUCUCCUAUCUGACACGUUCCCGGUCUAUGAGCCCUGUACACAUUGUGAGACGUGUCAUUGUGGCUCAGCCUCCCCCAGUGACCGGACACGGGAGGAGUAAACCCGGCGUCACCACAUCCCGCCACAUAGUGAGCGGCGGACACGGAGCGGCGCCCGCCUUACAGGACGGAGCCCGGGCGGAGGAGGAGGCGGCACACGGCGCACACUAGUGCUUUAUGGAUCGUUCCUUUAUAUAACCUGCGCUGAGGAAAGCAACACAAUUUAGAGGGUAAAAAUGGGCCGGAAAGAUGCUUCAGCAACAAAAGCACCGGUGGAACAAUAUCGUAAGCAAAUAGGAAGACAAGACUACAAGAAAAACAAGCCUGUAUUAAAAGCAACACGGCUAAAAGCAGAAGCCAAGAAAACAGCAAUAGGGAUUAAGGCUCAGUCCUUCUCUGGUAACAGACACACCAAAAUGGAUUGCUUGAAGUUGGGUUGGGCAGUGCUUAUGACAGCUGCUCCUGUCUGCUCAUACAGCCAGUGCCUCAGCUCCAAGCUACAGAAUCUCUCCAGCUGCAAGUAAAUCAGCUGCUCUAUUAAGGUGAAGUUUUUUGCAUGGUUAGUUAUAUUUAUCUACUUUCAGGUAUGUACUAUUAUUUGUCAUGUAUGUGUUAUGAGCUUUUCAUAACAGCAAUAAAAUUAUUCUUGCUGUCUUUUGGAUAAAAUGCAGUUUGCCUUCUGGAUUGAGCAUAAUGAUCCAGAAAAAUAUUCCACGUGAAAAUCUAGUGUAACACAUACCGUAUUUUUCGCCGUAUAAGACGCACUUUUUCUUCCCCAAAACUGGGGGGAAAAGUCAGUGCGUCUUUACGCCGAAUACACCCCUAUCGCGGCGGUCCCUGAGGCCAUCAACGGCUGGGACCCGCGGCUAUUACAGGACAUCACCGAUCGCGGUGAUGCUCUGUAUUAACCCUUCAGAUGCGGCGAUCAAAGCUGACCUCCGCGUCUGAAGGGAAAGUGACA